UUGGAAGAUAGUGUGAGUGUGUGUGUUUUUUUUUUUUUUUUUAAUAUUCUUAAUUUUCGAAAGUGUUAACUUCACGGAAGUACGAGGAAACUUCACAUUUUUGACGCCGCUCAGUUCACAUUCACUAGCGGGGUCUCUAAAGAGAUGAGCAACACCAGUAACAAAAGAGCUCCAACUACAGCAACACAAAGGUUGAAACAAGACUACCUUCGAAUAAAGAAAGACCCAGUGCCUUACAUUUGUGCAGAGCCUCUGCCUUCAAAUAUUUUGGAAUGGCACUAUGUUGUACGAGGGCCUGAGAAAACCCCAUAUGAAGGUGGAUAUUAUCAUGGUAAACUCAUCUUCCCCAGAGAAUUUCCUUUUAAACCUCCCAGUAUUUAUAUGAUAACUCCUAAUGGAAGAUUUAAGUGCAAUACAAGAUUAUGUCUCUCAAUUACGGAUUUUCACCCUGACACAUGGAAUCCUGCAUGGUCAGUUUCAACCAUUCUUACAGGACUUCUAAGCUUCAUGGUAGAGAAAGGCCCCACGUUAGGCAGCAUUGAGACCUCUGAUUUUACAAAACGACAACUUGCUGCACAGAGUUUGGCUUUUAACACAAAGGAUAAAGUUUUCUGUGAGCUGUUUCCUGAUGUUGUACAGGAAAUAAAGCAAAAACAAAAAGCACAGCAAGAACUGAGUAACCGACCCCAGGCUCUGCCUCUCCCCGACGUUAUUCCUGACGGCGAAGUACACAAUGGUCAAAAUGGAAUUCCACUUCUCAACGGCCAUGCUGAACUAGUGGGUGCUAAUAAUCAAGGCCUUCAGCCUAACCGCAACCAUGGACUACUUGGUGGAGCCCUAGCAAACUUGUUUGUCAUAGUUGGCUUUGCUGCGUUCGCUUACACAGUAAAGUACGUAUUGAGAAGCAUAGCACAAGAGUGAACCGAGUGAAAGACAUUCUUGACCAAAUGAAAGCUGGUUGUAAACUCAAGUGGGACUUUUGGCAAGGAUAUGUUACGUGGCCGUAGACUAACUGCUGCAGGUAAUACAAACGAGACAACUGGCUGGCUCAUGGGUUCGCAGAGGCCUUUCAGUUUGUAUUGUCACGUAUGCUGUUCACUGAGAAAACUGGUAAUUCAAGAGGCUUAAAUAUUAAUUCCUUUUGUAAGAAUUUAUUCAAUCCAUAAUGUUAUGUGCAGCUGCUUUACACAUUUCACAGUACAAUUGUUUAUACCAAUGAAAACAAAUCCAUUAAAUCGGAAAACCUCUGUUUAUCCCUUUUUUCUCUCUUAUUUGCUAUAAACCAGAACACUGACACAGCGUACAAUACGGUGGUGGGAUCCACUUUUCCAAAGACAUCGACUUUGUAUCAGCACAUGAAAAACGGCAAUUCUGAACAAAUAACUCCAUUUAGUUAUUCUGAUGAUCAUUUUUACUUUGUACAGCUGAUAGUCAAAAAGUUUAUUUCUUGUUUCAAUAUACCGGCAUUGCAUUUCUGUGUUUUUCUGUCAGUUUAUUCAGAGACUCCAGAAUAGGAGAUUGUUCAUUAAUAAUUACAAACACUAUUAAAAUACUGUAAUAAUCAUUAUAAAAAAAAAAGUCCUUGCAAUAGUUUACGUGCAACAUUCAAUAUCCCGGUAUUAAUGUUGCUUGUAGGGCUGAAGAAGUUAGUAACAAGUUGUCAAGUUUUCAGCUACAGGGUUUGUCACCAGUUUGAGGCUCCGCUUUGUGUGCCUUCUGGCAACUUUGGGUUUAAUUUAAGAAAAAGAUGUUUAUAAGCAAAAGAAUCAGAAGAAAACACUUCAUACUCCUGUCUGUAUCUGCCCGUCUUUUUAUGACAAAUGUUUUAAUAUGUUGAUGCUUUCAUAGUAAAAGUAUGGUUUACUGUUAAUAACGUGCUCAAUGCAGGCAUAUUUUUCUUAUUGUUUUAUUAACAGUGCUAAUAUAUGUACACUGUGUUAUUUAUGUGCUUUAAAAGCAUUCAGUGGUUCAGGGUAUUUCUAAAUAUUCAAAGCCAAAAGCCAGCCUUCAGUAUGUCCAUCGUAUUACCACACAGUAAUGUUUGCACAUUUGAUCGAGAACAGCAGGGCGCCCGCCACGCUCUCCUCGCUCCCCUCCUGAACUCCGCCGACUGCGGGUCACCGUCUACAAGCCCCUGAUGAUUCAGUUGUGGUGUUUGUUUCACUCGGACCACUUAGCACAACGUAGUAAUUCAGUCCUGUUUAUGUGUUUGUCUCUUUCACUUCAUUCAGAUCUCUCUUCCCUUUUUUUUUUCCUUCAGAAGCUCUAUACAUAUUUGUAAAUACUUUUAAACCCUUAAUGAAUAUAUACAGUGUGUAAUUACAUGAUCUUGUACAUUUUACUGUAAUUAGCAAGGAGUAAAAGCAUUAUGUUUAAACCCAUGAGCCAAGUUGUGAAGAAUUUUAUGUAAGUUAAAAUUUAGUGACCAAUUCUCCGGUAUAUACGUGGAAAAGCUCACUAGAAUAGCAUUGUACGUCUAGGUUUUAAAGGUGGCAUUGAGAGAACAAAAUUAAACAUAUUUAUAAUUUUAAAAAA